AUGGAAUCUCAGGACGGUAUCGAUGUCCGCCCUAUGAGGCUUAAAGUUCUCUAUACAUUCGACAACGAAAAUAAGAUCAAUUGCCUUGCUCGGUGGCCACACGUGCUCGACAUCCAAACGGCUUUUCUAGACGAGAAUACUCCGGUUGGAGUGAUCGAGUUGAAAACAUGCAUCCAGGCAAUCGUCUCUGCUAGUCCAGAGCUUGUGGGUCAAUUAGGGAAGGAUUUUACUGUGUAUGCCUACGACUACUCCGAAUUCGAAACCCCUCUGGUCGGGCAAGGCAUGCUUUCUGGGAUGCUAGCUAGCUUCUCAUCGACACCCGAGACACCCAACAACCAGUCGAAGACCAUGAUUACUGGGCGAGUUUGCAAGAGCCCUCUCAGUGGUCUCUUCUCAAAAGGGGCCCAAGAGACGUUGGAGGUCAAACUGCGGCUGGUGCCUGUUCCAACCGUCACCCAUAGCGAAUUCGACACCCAAUCCUGGACAAACUUUGUUCGCCAAAACCCCGCUCUCCUGGAAUCCUCGAGAAGUCAGAGCCACAAUGACAACGUCGGGUCUCCGAUUCAUCAAUCUGGGAUUGAGAGAUUCCACCAGCUCUUGAGCGAAGGCUCAACUCCACGAGAGUUUCCUACAUUUCACAACAAUGGAUCGGUCCGCUCAGUAUCGCCUUCACAUUCCUACGCUGGCAGUCGAGUGUCAACACCUGGAAGAUGUCGUACACCAGCUCAUCAUCAAUCUUACACUAAGCAGAGCAUCCCCCAUAGUGAUAUGAUUCGCCCGUCUUCAAGUGCUUCUAUGCGGGACUGCGACAACCAGACUCAGCUUUCACACGUCUCACAUAACAACCUUCGAAGAGGGUCCAUUCAAUCGGGAUACGGUAGUGGUGAUGAAGAAUCAACGGAGGUCCCAGCCCGGAAGAGGGCCAAGGUGUAUCAAGCAAACUGGCCGGGAAAAUCAGGCAUGAAUAUCGAAAGACAACCAACCUCGCUUCGCGUUGCAGCCAGUACGGCGGCCUCUGUACGAAUCCACCGCCCAACCCCAGUGAACCCUGCUUUGGCGGUCGAGCAUUCUCUCGAGGAGCCCGUCCGUCCACCUACCCCCAUAUCUCGACCGUCUGACUUCCCACGUCGAAGCCGACCCACGGCCAGCUUGUUACGGGAGUCGUCAAGCAUGAGCAUUGCUUCAUGUCCUGCUUCGUACAGUUCUCCGUACUGUAUGAGCGAUGACGUCCCUGCCACAGAUGCUGGUGGUCCCUCUCCUGAGGAUACUCGCUACCAAGGUCUCUUUGAGCCGUCUUUCAACAUGCCAUCAUCACCUCCAGUUUUCGAUGGCCGUUUGCCAAACAGAUCAAGCCCUGUUUUGCCUACCAUGUCUCUGGACCAUGACCCCGGCUUUAUGAGUGCAGGACCGGAUGAAAUAAUGGACGAUGAAACCACCAUUCCUUUAGAUGACCCCAGAAUGGAAGUCUCUCGUGGGAUAACCAGAGAGAAGUGCUCUGUUCGUGCUACUGUGCAGGCAAACUCUCCAGGCAGCAUUGUCAGUGCUGCCCGGGGAACCAACAAUGAUCCUCUCUCGGUAGAUGAUAAUUCAAUGGAGCAGGUUUCAAAGCAGGCGCCGCGUCCGAUCUCUCGUGCUCCCCCUUCUCGUCCUGCUCAAUCUCGUCCUACAUCCCGCCCGCCCACAUCAAGGCCUUCUUCGAGCUCUGGCGCACAACGUUUGGCACCAAAGCCCCUCGCGCCAGCGCCACAAAUCUUCCACAAUGACGUUCCCCAAAUUUUCCGCGCAAUCCCUGCUAGCGAUCCAAUUAUUCCCCCUCGCUCUUCUGUGCCUGUGGAUGUCACGUUCAUGCCGUGCGAAACAGCUACUUCCAGUUCCAAGCAGUCGAAACAACCUUUGAAGUCAAAGUCAUUGCCGAAGCAGGGGUCCAAGGCGGUGCCAAAGAACAUUAAGGCACGCUUGGACAAUGCUAUUCUCAACGGGCUAAUCCCGCCUUACUGUGAGAAUUGUGGCUCCAUCGAGACCGCCAGCUGGCGGCGAGCGUGGGUGAAGACGGUUAAAGGUAGCGAGAGCCUUGCAGAAGAGAUGAUGAAGUCUUCCCCCAUGCUCUAUUGGGAGGCCGUGGACCGAAACGACAAGGGCGAAGUGCAGCGUUUCAAGAUCUAUAAAAAGGCUCUCGAGCAGGACGACAACGAUUGGGAUCAGAUGACCUUCUGCAAUCCUUGUGGUUUGUGGCUCCACAAAUUCAAACAAAUGCGCCCGGAAGACAAAUGGACCAAGCCAGGAGCAGCGAAGCCGGCCAACAAAAAGAACAGCAAAAAGCGUCUUUCGAGAAACAGAGAGGGCCAGGCCAAUUCCUGCCCUGCUGCCAGAACCCGGAGCAAGGCCGCACCAAAGAAACCCUCGGCAUCUUCUCCAGCGCCCACUGAAGCGUCUUCCGUCCAUCAUGAUGGGGAUACUCCCCAGAUGGACAAUGACGAUGACGAUGAUCAGGAUGGUGAAGGGGACUAUUCUCCCAACGAGUCUCCGCGAGCCACCAGUGCUGAGCUGGAAGGGACGUUCGAUACCCCAGGACGUCGUUGGUCCAAGGAGGACGCCCGAGAGGUGCUGGCGCGCGCCACUAAGUCAAGCCCAGGGAGCCGUGCACAAGCCCGCUCCGCUCCAAUGCCAGACCCAAACAGUCUCACGCCCAAGCCUUUAAGGAGGUCCCUUUUUCAGAAUACCCACGUUGACGGGCCUUUAAAGGAGCUUGAUUCUUCUAUGGUCAACAGUUGCUCUCCACGUCGCAGUCCGCGCAUUGCCUCGACAAGGGAUGAAAGAAUGGGUCAGCAGAAGGAGAACCUUGUACCUACCCCGGGUGAUGACCUCAAUGACCUGUUCGAAAGUCCCUCCAUUGGGUUUGAUUCAGCAAGCCCUACUCCUCGUCGACGGAACCCGCGGAUCAACGCGAUGGACAAGCGUUUGUCUUUUCCCAUAAACUCCCAAAGUCUCAACAAACGCAAGGAUUUAGGCUUGGUUAUGUCUCCAGCUCGACUGUCCGCUGAGCGCCUACAGCGUAUUCAAUCAAUUCACGGAAGCCCUCGGUCAUCACCACGGCAGCAGAAGUCCCCGGCCAAGCCACAGUCUUUGGCACCACAUCCUGCCAACGAAAACAUACAGCAAUCAUUCGAGACCCUUGAUGGCAUGAUGCUCGACAUCUUCGAUGACGCCGACAAGGCUGACGCUUUCUUCGAAAUUGAGAACAGCAAGUUUGCCGGUGAAAGCUGGGCCGAGUGGCUUCCAGCGGACUACGUCUCCCCUGCUGGAUCUUGCGAAACUCCUGCCAAUGAGCUUCUUAACGCUCUAUUCUCGGAAAAUCCCAACGAGAAAGACAACUUCACCCCCGACCUCCUUCCCUUCAACUUCAAUGACGUUGUCAUUCCCGACUCUGGGUUCUUCAGCUCGGAUGCUCUCGCCACCGAUGUACCCAAGAACCAGCACGCUGGUGAAGAAACCGAAGGCCAAUAG